AUGGAGAAACCCACUCCCCGACCGGCCCGGAAGGACACUGUCUUGAGUCGCCGGUACAUUGAGGGUCAAAUUGCGGAGGGCAAGCAUGUCAUAAUCUUCGAGACUCGUGUCCUAAAGGUGGAUGCAUUUAUCAAAUUCCAUCCCGGUGGAGAAAAGGCAAUCAAACAUAUGGUGGGCAGAGAUGCAACAGACGAGAUCAAUGCCUUGCACUCGAGAGAAGCCCGUGAUCUCAUGAUCAAGUACCAAAUCGGCAAAAUCGAAGGAAUCUGGGUCAACUUUCUGCCUCCAAUUCAAGGCGGCAAGUUUCGCCUCUACGCUGAAGAGACAUGCUCGAGUGAGGAGGACUUGAUGAGCCAAGAUAACUCGAGUCAAGACGGAUCGAUUCCUCCUUCUCCAAUCUUCGAUGCCGUCGAUGCCAAAUCCACAACCCGCGGCAAGACAUCCGCCAAAGACCCAAACACAGCCGCUUCGACACCCCCGGAGACAGAGUUACAGCAUAGGCCAGCUUUUCUGGAUGUUCGAACGAAAGAAGAUAUCAUCUUCGAUACCACCAAAUACCCGUCAUUGGACCAGGCCAACCAGGAAAGCAUCAAACAAAAAUACCGCGAGUUGAAUACCCGAUUGUUAGCCGAUGGAUUGUUCGACUGCAACUACUCCGCCUACGGUAUUGAAUGCAUUCGGUAUAGUUUGUUCGCUGCUCUGUUUUUUAUCUUCCUCCGACUAGGAUGGUGGUCAACUUCUGCGUUCUGGCUUGGUUGUCUAUGGCACCAGCUUGUAUUCACUGCCCAUGAUGCAGGUCAUAUGGGCAUCACACACAAUUUCCACGUGGACACCGUUAUUGGGAUUAUUAUUGCCGACUUUAUUGGAGGCUUGAGCCUUGGGUGGUGGAAGCGGAGUCAUAAUGUACACCACAUCGUCACUAAUGAACCUGAGCAUGACCCGGAUAUCGAGCAUAUGCCUUUCUUCGCUAUCUCGCACCGCUUCUUCGACAGUCUCAACAGCUCGUAUUAUGAUCGCAACAUGACAUUCGAUGCCUUCUCAAAGGUCAUGCUUAAGAUCCAACACUACUCUUACUACCCUAUUAUGAUGCUAGCCCGUUUCAAUCUUUCUCGAUUGAGUUGGGAAUACUUGUUGAAAGGUCAAGCCCCUAAGAAGGGAAUCGCCUGGUGGCAUGUCUGGCUGGAACUUGCUGGCCAGAUAUUCUUUUGGUACUGGUAUGGCUACGUCGUGCUGUAUAAGACCCUCCCAGAUUGGAGCGCUCGACUUGCCUUCCUGAUGAUCUCCCACAUCAUACCCUCGCCCCUGCACGUCCAGAUCACCCUCUCCCACUUCGCCAUGUCGACCGCUGACAUGGGCGUGCACGAGUCUUUUCCCCAGAAGAUGCUUCGAACCACAAUGGACGUCGACUGCCCCACGUGGCUGGACUUCUUCCACGGCGGUUUGCAGUUCCAAGCUAUUCACCAUCUUUACCCUCGCAUGCCACGCCAUAACUUACGACGUGCUCAAACAUACGUUCUGGAAUUCUGCAAGGAGACUGGAAUCCCCUACGCCAUCUUUACCUUUUAUGAUGGAAACAAGGAGGUCAUUAGUCGGUUGGGCGACGUGGCGAAGCAACUUCGCCUUAUGGAGGAGUGUCGUAAGUCAAUUGCUGCGGAGGGCGUCUUCUCACACCAGCACUAA